AUGUCUCUUCGCAUUGUACUGCUUCUAGUGCUUUCACUCGUGCUUUUGUGUGCACCUCUCACUGUCUUGGCUACGGAGGCGCCACUUGUAGCUUUUGUCGCCCCUGGCUCAUUGAACACUAUGCUUGAUGCCCCUGCAUCGCACGAACUCCAUGCUCGUGGCCCUUAUGUUUCUGCGAAACAUGCGAUGGAGCGCUUGGCUAUUCGGCGCCGCACAGACGGCCUACCCGCCAUGUGUGAUCUCGAUGCUAUUGUUCAUUUGCAGGUGGACUCGCUCGACUCAGACAGUUUCACUCCUCUUCAGAGCACGUCACAUGCAUCUUCACUCAAGAGGCGCGUUAUGCAGGCUCCAUCGCAGCUGAUUUUCCCCUCGGUGGAUCAGUCUGUAACUAGUUUCGCUGAUGAGCUCAAGCAUGCCAUGGCUUCGUUGUGUGAUGGAGCUGGUGCCAUGGUUCCUAGCGAAGAGCGCAUCGUUCAAAUUCGUGUCCCCAGUGUGCAUGGCCACGGUACGUUGCAUGUUAGCUUUACCGAGUUCACUAACCAAAAGAAUCUGCCAUCAUGGCGCGCCUGGAGGAUCUAG